GUGUGGUAUCAACCUUUGUUCUCAAAGAUGGCUGAUACAUCUCGCACCCCGUCGACAACUCCAGUAGAUAUUUCUACCCCUGAAUGUUUGAGGAAACACAUUCGAACCUUCUUUACGAACUGGCCACUCUUAGCCCAUGAGCUAUCAAAGGUCAAUGAUGAGGAAUUGAGAGACCCGUCUAUGAUUUUCCAAUUGCCAGAGAAGGCGCAAGAAUAUUUUAAUUAUAUGUGCAACACAGCUGACAAUUCACUAGGUGCUUUUCACACUCUUCAAAAGACUUUCGAUGCCAAGUUAGAGAAUGAUAUAGCAGCUCGACAAGCACUAGAAUAUCAAUCACGAGAACAAGCAAAACUGAUCACUAAAUUACAACACCAGCUUUCCGAACUACCUGAUUUAACAUCAGAAUCAAAACAUCUUUAUCAACUCCGAAAAGCAUCCAAAACCACAAAACCAUUCAAGGCAGACAACACAAGUGCUCUCGCACUACGGGACGAGUAUUGUUUCUGGAAGCAAGGCUUACAAAUUUUCUGGGCUAUAGACUCGGCCGCUUUCGAUACCGAUAGGAAGAAGUUUCUUCAUAUGAUCUCUUUGCUUGAAGGCACCGCAUGCCAAGAGCGAUGCAGGGAUAUCGAUGAUAUUAUUGAGGAUAAAUCAGCAUACACAACCGCGGAAUUGUUCUUUGAGAAGCUCGACAGUCUCUAUAUUUCUGCCGAAAGUGAACUCGAGGCUGCAAUCAAAUUCGACAAACUCAAGAUGACAGAGCAGCAGACUUUUUCGACGUUCUAUGCACGAUUGGAACACCUCGGUAAUGCUUACUAUAAAUCACCCCAAGGGAUGGUGUUCGCGUUGAAACAGAAAGUCACUGACGAAUUGCUGCUCAUGGUCAUAAGGGACUCCAAUCCAUGUGCUAGCGACGAUCUAGAUUGUUGGAGGAAGAAAUUUCAGGCUUGGUAUCAAAUCUCCCAGGAGAAUGAACACUACAAUAUUGCAGCUACAAACGCGAUUUAUCCUCGCCCAUUCAUUACCCUCACACUUAAUAGUCCCACUACCCUUCAUGAUUCUAUCAAACUGAACAGAUUUCAUACAUCGAAUAGAGAACAGCAACGACAAAGAGAAAUUCGUCUGGGCCUUUGCCAUUACUGCAAGAAAUCCGGCCAUUCAGUUUGGGAUUGCGAGGCAAAAAAGCAGGCUGAUGCGCAGAGGGCAGCCAGGGAUUAUACAACAAGAUUUCAAGGCGGUGGCUACAAUCAAGUUUCUGGCGCGAGUAACCUUCAGUCGUCUGCAAGAAGAGGCUACCAAGCACCUAUGCGAGGAGGCUAUCAAGAAUCUGUUCAAAGCAAUUCAAUGACUCAGAAUUACCAAUUCUCUUAUCCCAGAUGAAAUUUGAACACUUUCCAGAAUAUGUCGAAACCGAAUGCCUAAGACUUUUCGAAAGCGCCUCUAAUAUACCUUCUACAAUGUCAUCACCAGCCGAUUCGACAGGUUCGAGAAAAGUGACACCUCCGCGGUAAUUUACACAUCGAAGUUAUCAGGGAACACAGGAUAGAUAAAACGUAUUAUAAAUAGCAAAGAGCUAGAUAUCA